AAUUAUUAUUUAAUAAUUAAGGGCAUUAAUUAAAAAUAUGCGUAUAUAUAUCUUCUUGUUGCUGAUUUUUGUAGGCAGAACACUAACUCUGUCAACUUAUAAAAAAAAAAUUAGCGGUAUUUCGUUCUCAGAUGAUGCUUCUGUUUCUGCAGGUUUAAAUGGAGUAGAAGGAAAAUUUGAAAAAGAUAUUGGUUUGCGAACACCAAAUUUAUUAAAAAUAUUUGGAUCAAGUGAUGACUCAAGUGAUAACAGUGAAAUAGACUUAAAUAUCAAUGGAGGAAUAGGAUUUAAACCAAAGUGGUCGCUUGACAAAAACGAUGGAGGUUUUGGAAUAUCACUUGGUGGACAUGGCGGCUUGGGUAUUGGAAUGUCGGGUAACAAAAAACUUUCAGAGAAAGAACACGUUAAUAAGCAUGACAAAUUCAAGGAACAUCAUGAAUCUUCAGAAAAAUCCAAUAUUAAUGAAUUUUGGGACUCAAUUAAUCAUGGUUUAAGUGGAAGCAAUCAUGCAAAUCAUAAGACAUCCCUUGGUUCUGGAGGAAUAUCUGCUAAUCAUAAUGAUAGAAUUACAGCUGAUGUUACAGAUAAAAGAUAUAAAGAUGGUAGACGUGAGUCUCACAAAGAACAUAACAAUAAUAGUAAAGAAUGGAAAAAACACCAAAGCUCUUCAAAAAAUGAGGCUGCUAAUAAAUAUCUAGAAAAAAACAAGAAUUGGAAUCAAGGAGACAUAAUUAUUAUACCAAUUUCUGAGGAAGAAGGCUCGGGGAAAGAGAAGUCACAAAGUAACGACGGCAAAAUGCACUCAACGAAAAAAAUAAAACGAGUAAUGACGGAACAGAUGAUGUAAUAGGUGGAGUUAUAAUAAUACCAUUCAAAGAUAGCGAAGAAUCCGAUGAAAUAUCGAGCAGUAGUAGUAUGGAAUUUACUAGUAAAAGUAAAUAUCAUAAUAAUUAUGAAAAAAAGAAAGGAAAUGAUAACCAUGUAACAGGAGAAGGAAGUAUCAGAAUAUCACAUAGCAAAAGUGAACAAUCUAACGAUGACGAGAAGAAAUAUAACAACAAAAACGGAAAUGAUGAUAAUAAUCAACUAAAAGAUAAAAGUAAUAUUAAAACAUCGUACAAAGAGCAUCAGGAUAAUCACGGAUCUAAAAGACAAGAAUCAUCGAAAGGAAAUGAAACUAAAAACGGCGCAAAAAAGGGAGAUCAUGCUGAUAAUCAUAUAGGAGGAAAAAAAA